GUGGGGAACAAUUGCCUUGUGUUUCUCUGUUUUCAUUCACAUGAUAAUCUCUCUCUCUCUAUCUCUCCCCCCAUGAGUUUUACCUUUCAAUUCCAACCCCACAUACCUCUCUUGGCCAGUACAAGGACCUCACAUAGAACUCUAUUUUAGUGAAGAGUCUAUCUCUUCCUUUCUCGUGAUUACAGUUAUGAUUAUACACCUGGUCUAUCUAUCCAUCUAAUUCUAGAUAUACCCACCAGAGAGACACAGAGACAGAGAGAGAGAGAGAAUCAACAAUGGGUUUUCUUCAACUGUUGUUUUUCUUUGUGGUUUCCAUGGCUUCUCUUGGAGGCUGCAUCAGCAACAUUGAUGAGGCUUCUGUGCAGUUAAAUGACGACGUAUUGGGUCUGAUUGUGUUCAAAUCAGGCAUUAAAGACCCAUCUUCCUACUUGGACUCAUGGAAGGAAGAUGAUAACUCCCCAUGUUCUUGGAGAUACAUAGAGUGCAAUCCAACCACCAACAGAGUCUCUCAAUUGUCACUUGAUGGAUUGGGUUUGUCAGGAAAGAUAGGUAAAGGCCUUCAAAAGUUGCAGGAUUUGAAGGUAUUAUCACUUUCACAUAACAAUUUCAGUGGUGGCAUUAGUCUUGAACUUGCUCUAAUUCCUGGCCUCGAAAGACUUAACCUUACCCACAACAGUCUUUCAGGCCUAAUUCCAUCUUCUUUUGUCAAUAUGAGUUCAAUUAGAUUUCUUGAUCUUUCAGAGAACACACUGUCAGGACCAGUCCCUGAUGCUCUCUUUCAAAAUUGUCUUUCCCUUCGUUACCUUUCUUUAGCUGGAAAUAUGUUGGAAGGACCAAUUCCAAGCUCACUUGGUAGCUGCUCUUCCUUGAACAAUCUCAAUCUCUCCAAGAACCAUUUUUCUGGUAGCCCAGAUUUCACAAACCAGAUUUGGCCAUUGAAAAGGCUAAGAAAUUUGGAUCUUUCGCGCAACGAGUUAUCCGGGUCUGUGCCUGGAGGUGUGUUAGCUCUGCAUAACUUAAAAGAGCUCAUUCUGAAGGAUAAUCACUUCUCAGGCCCACUACCUGUUGAUAUUGGAUUAUGUCCACACUUGAGUGCACUGGAUUUGAGUGAUAAUUUUUUCACUGGAGAAGUUCCAGAGAGUCUGCAGAGACUGAAUUCCGUGAGUUUUUUCGAUUUAUCAAACAAUAUGUUAUCUGGUGAUUUCCCACAGUGGAUUGGUAACAUGAGCAGUCUGGAAUACAUGGACUUGUCAAGUAAUAGUUUCACUGGAAGCCUUCCAUCAUCAAUGGGUAGCCUAAAAUCAGUCACUUUCUUGAGUUUGUCACACAAUCGACUCACUGGAAAUAUCCCAAUGUCACUGGUUUACUGUAUCGAGUUAUCGGUCAUUCGAUUGAGAGGUAACAGCUUCAAUGGCAGCAUACCGGAGGGUUUAUUCGAGCUUGGGCUUCAGCAAGUAGAUUUCUCCAAUAAUGGAUUAACGGGUUCGAUACCACCAGGUUCAGCCAGGCUAUUUGCAUCUCUACACACAUUAGAUCUGUCAAGGAACAAUCUUUCAGGACAUAUUCCAGCAGAACUAGGUCUUUCUUCCAAUUUGAGAUACUUGAAUUUAUCAUGGAACAGCAUUCAAUCAAAGAUGCCACCCGAGCUCGGGUAUUUCCAGAACUUGACAGUUCUAGACCUUCGGAAUUGUUAUUUUUACGGUUCAAUUCCUGGUGAUAUAUGUGAUUCUGGAAGCCUGAAGAUACUGCAAUUGGAUGGAAAUUCGUUCACCGGACCGAUACCUGAAGAAAUUGGGAACUGCACAUCUCUGUACUUGCUGAGCCUUUCACACAACAACCUAAGUGGCUCCAUUCCUCAAUCACUUUCAAUGCUGAACAUGCUCAAGAUGCUAAAACUGGAGUUUAAUGAGCUGAGUGGAGAGAUACCACAAGAUCUCGGGAGGCUUGAAAACAUUGUCGCUGUAAACGUGUCGUACAACAGGCUCGAAGGCAGGCUUCCGGUAGGGGGAAUAUUUCCAAGCUUGGAUCAAAGUUCUUUGCAGGGGAAUUUGGGCAUUUGCUCUCCAUUGUUGAAGGGGCCAUGUAAAAUGAAUGUAUCUAAGCCUCUAGUCCUUGAUCCCUUUGCCUAUGGAAACCCAACAGAUGGUCAUAGGAAAAGAAAUGAAUCCUCAAAUCCCAAAACUUACCACCAUCGCAUCUUCCUCAGUGUAUCUGCUAUUGUGGCGAUUUCAGCAGCUAUUUUCAUUGUUUGUGGAGUGAUACUCAUAACUCUGCUGAACGUAUCAGCACGUCGUAGGUUGGCAUUUGUAGGCCAUGCCUUGGAGACCAUCCGCUCAAGCUCAAGCUCCCGAUCAGAAAGUCUAGCCACAGGUAAGCUCAUUCUGUUUGAUUCAAGAGCAUCCGUGGAGAAAAUCAGCAACCCUGAAUCUAUCCUUAGCAAGGCAGCUGAGGUUGGAGAAGGCGUCUUUGGAACGGUUUACAAGAUCCAACUGGGUGCACAAGGAAGGAUGGUAGCCAUCAAAAGGCUUGUUACAUCCAAUCUAAUCCAAUAUCCAGAAGACUUUGAUCGAGAAGUUCGAUAUCUAGGAAAGGCAAGGCAUACAAAUCUAAUUUCUCUGAAAGGAUACUAUUGGACACCUCAUUUGCAGCUUCUGGUAUCAGAGUAUGCACCAAAUGGUAGCUUACAAGCUAAACUCCAUGAGAGGCUUCCUUCCACUGCACCACUUUCUUGGGCAAACAGAUUCAAAAUCAUAUUUGGAACAGCAAAAGGACUUGCUUACUUGCACCAUUCAUUCCGUCCACCGAUCAUUCACUACAACAUUAAACCUAGUAACAUCUUACUUGAUGAGAACUACAACCCGAAGAUUUCAGAUUUCGGACUGACAAGACUUAUGGCGGGACAUGGUAAUCAGGUUGUUGGUAGCAGAUUUCAUAGUGCACAUUAUAUGGCACCAGAGUUAUCAUGCCAAACCAGGAUCAAUGAGAAGUGCGACGUCUACGGUUUUGGUAUUCUGAUGCUUGAGAUUGUGACUGGUAGGAGGCCAGUUGAAUAUGGAGAAGACAGUGUUUUGAUACUAAGUGAUCAAGUCCGGGUCUUGCUUGAAGAAGGGAAUGUGUUGGAUUGCGUGGAUUCGAGCAUUUUCAGCGAGUACCUGGAAGACGAGGUAUUGCCAGUGCUGAAACUGGCAAUAGUCUGCACCUCUCAGAUACCUUCUAGUAGGCCUUCCAUGGCAGAAGUGGUGCAAAUACUGGAGGUAAUCAAGACCCCAGUUUCACAAAGAAGUGAGAUGUUCUGAGGCCCAAUCAAUCAAUGCUAUUAUUCAGAAUAACAACCAUAUCUGUACUGGUAUUUUCUUUUUCUUAUUUUGCUUUGUUCUUUUGUUGAUGAAACUUGGACUCAAGGAGAGUGGACACUGGAUUUGGUAAAUGCCUUCCAGGAAUUUUACCCAGUAUGAUCACUGGCAUUCGUUGCGCUUCA